GGUGAUGUUUUAUUUGCGGAUUCAGUCCUGUUUUGAUCAUCUCGUCUGUAGACUCACACAGCUACAGACAUGUUGCUGGAAACGCGAUGGAACUUGAUUUUUGGAUGUGUGUUGUUUUGCGGUUUUUUCGAAAAAAUUCACUGUGCCACCGGACAACCAAACGUUGUUUUCAUCGUUGCUGAUGACUUGGGUUGGAAUGAUGUGGGUUUCCACGGAAGUAACCAGAUUCCAACACCCAACAUUGACGCGCUCGCAUACAAUGGCAUAAUUCUCAAUAGCCAUUACAGUCAAUCAUUCGGUACUCCUUCAAGAGCCGCUUUAUUAACAGGAAAAUAUCCAAUGAAAUUAGGACUGCAAGGACCUUCGAUAACGCCAGCUGAAGGACGAUCCUUACCUGAAGGAAAAAUAAUGUCCGAGUAUUUCAAGGACAUGGGCUAUGCCACCCAUCUCGUGGGCAAAUGGCAUCUGGGCCACUCCCGUUGGAAUGACACUCCAACGUUCCGAGGAUUCGACCAUUUCUUCGGGUUCUAUAACGGAUUCACCAGUUACUACGACUACGUCUCCAACUGGAAGAUCAAUGAUAAGGAAUAUAGCGGUUUUGACUUGCGAAGAGACACGGUGCCCAGUUGGAACGAUGCUGGAAAAUACGCAACGGAUUUAUUUGCCGAACACGCCGUUGACGUGAUCCAAAAACACAAUGUCAAUACGCCGCUUUUUAUGAUGAUUGCUCAUCUAGCCGUCCAUGUAGGAAAUGAGGGGAAAUGGCUGGAGGCUCCCCAAGAAACCGUCAAUAAAUUCAAACAUAUCCGGGACCCCAAUCGGAGGACCUACGCAGCAAUGGUCUCGAAACUUGACGACAGCAUCGGUGCCGUGUUUGAAGCCUUGGAGGCGAAAAACAUGUUACAGAACACAAUUGUCGUUUUUAUUUCCGACAAUGGCGCGCCGACAGUGGGCCCCCACCACAACUGGGGGUCUAAUUAUCCUUUACGAGGCAUUAAAGACACCCUGUUUGAGGGCGGAGUGCGUACGGUGGCAUGCAUAUGGAGUCCUUUGCUGGUUCAAUCGUCACGCGUUUCCACCGACCUCAUCCACAUAACCGACUGGCUACCGACUCUCUUUACCGCAGUCGGUGGCGACUUGAGUGUCUUGGACCCAGACCUUGACGGCAUAGACCAAUGGUCCAGUCUAGUUUACGACCUACCAUCGGCCCGCAACGACAUUCCUCUAAACAUCGACGAAAAAACCAGAAACGCGGCUUUGCGAUUCUCUUACUGGAAACUGAUAGUUGGCACCAGUGGUAACGGGAGUUACAAUGGUUACUUCGGAGCCCCGCUCAAUGAAAAUAUCGAGGAGCAACAAUACAACACUUCGGCGAUUAAUGACAGCCCCGUUGGCCGCAUUGCGAAAAAAAUCAAUUACAAUCCGCUUUCAGAAACCGACUUUGAUGGUUUACGGAGAGUUGCGACCCUGAAAUGUCUGGACGCGAAAGCAAAACGAAAUCCAUGUGAUCCUGCAAGUGGAGCUGUCUGUUUGUAUAACAUACCGAAUGAUCCGUGUGAGGAGAAUGAUCUAGCCAAGUUUUUUCCGAGCGUUGUGCGGAGAAUUAAACGGACUCUGGUGGAUUAUAGGCAAGGGUUAGUUCCACAAAUUGAGACGAGCAUUGAUAUCGAAAAUGCUGAUCCCAAACUGUUCCAAUUCGCCUGGAAUCCGUGGCGCGACUGCUCGGACGCUGCCUGCACUAGCUGAUAAUAAAUCUCACGAAUAAAGCAUUUUUUCAA